GGACGAAAAGUAAAGGCCAAGGAAGCACAGCCCCCACUGUUCUUCAAUUUUGACUCUUUUUUUCUUUUUCCAUUUCUAAGGCAGGCAAAAAGGAGUGUUUUGAAGUUUUAACAGAUAAUAAAGUAAACACUCACACACCCAACAAAAAGUAGUAGGGGGCCAAAACCAUAACCAGAAAUCUGACCCUCCUUUUUCUUCUUCUUCUUCUCCUCCUUCUGAUUCUCUGUAAGGUUUGUCUUUUAAAAACCCCACAUCCCAAAAACCCCCUUAAUGCUUGAAAAAUCUUUUUUUUCUAAGACACCAUGAAAUUGGGUAGAGAGAAUAAAGGAAUCCCUUCAGCGGAUUUGUUGGUUUGUUUUCCUUCUCGGUCGCAUUUGGCUUUAAUGCCAAACCCACUUUGUAGUCCAGCGAGAGGGUCCGAUUCCAGUAAGUUUCGUUUAAGUCACCGCCAUUACCACCGGCGGAGGAAGUCGGCGGAGAGUCCGGUGGUAUGGGCCAAAGCGAAGACGAUGGGGUCGGAGAUAUCGGAACCGUCGUCGCCGAAAGUGACAUGUGCAGGGCAGAUAAAGAUCAGGCCGAAGAAUAGCAAGAGCUGGCAAUCGGUGAUGGAGGAGAUAGAGAGAAUUCAUAAUAGGAGGAAAUUACGGAGGAGGAGGUUUCAUUGGGUUGAAUCUUUAGGGUUCAAGAAAGAUAUUAUGCAAUUCUUGACGUGUUUACGGAACAUACGGUUUGAUUUUAGGUGUUUCAGAGCUUUCCCAGCAACAGAUUUCACCACUGAAGAAGAAGAAGAAGAAGAAGAGGAAGAAGAAGAAAAAUCUCAAGGGAAUCAGGUGGGUGUUGAUGAAAAUGAGAGCUCAAGAACUGCAUUUUCUAAAUGGUUUAUGGUUUUACAGGAAAAUGGGAGUAAUGAGUUAAAGAGAGAGAGCAAAAUUCUCUGUAGUGAUGAUGAUGUAUCGAUUGAGGCAGCAAUGGCACCACCCAAAAACGCCCUUUUGCUUAUGCGUUGUAGGUCUGCUCCAGCAAAGAGAUGGUUGGAAGAAGAAUCUGAAGAAGAAGAAGAUGAUGAUGAUGAUGAUGAUGAAAAGGAAGAAGUGAAGGUGAAGAAGAGCUUGAAAUGGCUAAUGGAGGAAGAAAACAGAGAGAGAUUGGUUAUGGAAACGGGCACUGAUUUCUGCAGAAUGACAUCGGACAUUGCAAAAGAGACAUGGGUUGUUAGUGAAAAGAGCAGGGAUUUGUUUACAAGGAGCCAUAGUUGGAAAGUUUGAUCACUGGUUAUGGAAGACAUAAAUUUCAGCUUCAUCAUCCUUUUUUUUUUUUUUUUUUCAUGAUUUGAAUAUUUUUGAAAAUUCUUGAGUUUGAAUCUGAGUAAGAUUGGUUUUGGUGGCUUGUUGUACAGUUAAUCUAUAAUUUCGUUGGAGAGAAUUUUGUUGUCAUGUUCAUGUACGAGACACGCUUGUGGUCAAAUAUAAGAUUGGGCUGUUAAUCCAAGUGUUCCAUAGAAAAUGAUGAAAUGUAAUUAUAGAAAGGGUUUUCUUUUUCGAUCCUUUAUUUGUA